AUGGCUACUACAAGCGAAAGCGUUGGAACAGUACACUCGAACGAAUCAAGCGAGUCAUCGAAUUUAUUACAGUCGGGAAAUUUUGGAUCAAUAUAUACCAGCGUCAGCGAAGUUAGCCAACGACCUUCCACUCCCGAUGAAGGCAGAAUACGGCUGGAAUGGUACUAUACACUAUAUGCAACUUUCCUUGAACUUUGGGAGAAUAUUCGCGUCUUAUCUGCCGGUUCAUGGCGUGUAUUUUCUCGGAGGAAUUUCGAAGCAGUUCUGAGAUGUGUUUGUCUGCCAUGUCAUGUGUUAACCCGUGCCCUAACUGACGGACGCCGCCAAUAUUUGACAAGACCGCAGCCUGGUAUUAUGUAUUUGUACGCAUAUCUUUGCGCUACUAUCGUGCUGAAUUUGGUAGUAGCUUUACAUAAUAUUCACCAAUCAAUGAAAAUGGCUGAACACAUUCAAAAAUAUUUCGUUAUUUUGAAUAUGUUCUUCGCUAAUGUGAUGAUGCUGCAUCUAUUACUAUGCACAUACGCGACGGUGAUUCCUUCGACUCAGUCGAGCGAAACUUUACGCGUCUUUUACAAAAGUGGUAUCUAUUUUUUCGGGUUCUCCAGCUUUGGCUAUAGUGUUAGCGUUGUAAUCCAUUAUAUUUCAUGCAGGCAAGGACUAGAUGCCGUUUUGACGGUCACGAAAGCGACGUUUACAUUCCUACAAAUACUACUCCUUCACUAUUUCUACGAAGCCAGAAUUCCGGAAGACAGUCCGUGCAUUGAUUUUAUCAUGGCGCACCUUCUGGGAACAAAUUUAGGGUUGUGGUUUUGGACUUUGUGUUCGGAUGGGGCCAGCGAGAUGCCGAAAGGCCCUUUGAAGGAUUAUUUUUCUCCGCUUUUCGUCGAAUACUUGCUGCUCGCUGCAAGUUUGUUGUAUCAAAUUUGGAAAGAUUCGUUGCCGGGGGAUGCGAGAAUGACUUUAAUGGAACGCCACUGUAAUAUACUUGAAAAUAGUAACAUUGGUCGUCAUUCCAAUACUAUGAACGCAAGCAAUACAGCAAGCAAUAUUUAUAUAAGGCCAAGACCACAUAAUCCAAGCUCAGGGUUCGGUGUGAUUAUUGGCCUUUUAUUUACUGCGCUGUUUUUCGUUCUGGUUGGAUUCGCAAUUGGAUUACCAAAACACACGGACAUUGAAGGUUAUCACGUUGCAUAUUCAAUUGGGGUCUUCAUUCUAUGCCUUGCUCAAGUAAUUGCAUGCUAUAUCUGUCAACUAUCCUUGCAGUCCCACAAACACGACCCCGAGAACUUUUCACUUGACCAUGAAGAAAUCUUACUGUAUUUUUCUCUGGUAGGAAUCGUGCUCUGGGAAGGCUUUCAUGCUUACAGCUUAAUAUUAUGUGGUUUUACAGUGUUUGAUUUUGGAGGGGACAUUUUAGCCAUAGUACAAGACUUGUUCCAAACAGCGACCAUAAUCAAUCUCCGCCGACAUAAACGCAUGCAAGGUCGGUGCGCUGUAUGGGUUUGUGAGUGCGUGUUGUUCCUGCUUGUAACUAAUCUUACUUUCUGGGUCCAGGAUUCGUUUUUUAUUAAAGUGGACAUCACAACACCGGGCGAAAGAUUUGUACAAAUGCAGCACGAUUUGGGAACUCUUGGAUAUAUUCUCCAUCCACUCAGUAUAUUUUAUAGAUUUCAUUCCUCGGUUUGCUGCGUAAUUGCGUGGGAUGCUUUCAGAAAUAAACAAGAACGGUUUGUUGGCGCGUAG